GCACUAAGGGGGGCGUGGUGCUUAGUCCAUUCUUUUGGUACUUUUCAUGCACCUAGGUCAGGAGAUAGCCAACUUGCAAGCUUGAAGGACUCAUUGUAUCAAGAUGUGGACUGGGAGAUCAAGCAGGAAGCUGUUGCAACGCUCCUUGCUGCUCAGAGGAUUCUCAAAGUCAGCUGCAGGUUGCCCUGAGGGGAGAGUGCUUGCCAUUAGGAGGGAGGAGUCCAGUGUGUGGGAGAGAAGAGCUCCACUCAGCCCCAGUCAUGUGCAGGCCUUGGUCAGCAAUGGAGUCAAGGUCCUAGUUCAGUCCUCGUCCCGUCGUGCCUACUCCAAGCACGAGUACGAGGCAGCUGGUGCAGUUAUGACUGAUGACAUUAGCGAGGCUGACACAAUACUAGGAGUGAAGCAGGUGCCAGUGCAACACCUCCUUCCUGACAAGACCUACGCCUUCUUCUCUCACACUAUUAAAGCACAGCCUGACAAUAUGCCACUGCUUGAUGCACUCCUGGAGAAGAGAGUUCGUCUUGUUGACUACGAGCGUAUCCUUGACAACAGAGGAGUACGAAUGGUGGCGUUUGGACAGUAUGCUGGUAUCACUGGUAUGAUCAAUAUUCUGCACGGUCUGGGGCUGAAACUAUUAGCAUUGGGGCACCACACCCCUUUCAUGCACAUUGGAGCUGCCCACAACUACCCGUCCAGCAGUGCUGCAAAGGCGGCCAUAGCCAACUUGGGCCGGGAGAUACAGUACGGCCUUAUGCCGAAGAUCAUUGGGCCCAUGAUCUUCACCUUCACUGGGGCGGGCAAUGUGUCACAGGGUGCCCAGUCUGUGUUCAAAGAGCUACCUCACGAGUAUGUGUCCCCUGAUGACCUUAGAGAAGUGGUAGAGAAAGGAGACACUCGUAAAGUAUAUGCCACGGUGGUGGACAAACAUCACCACCUGGUACGCAAGAGUGAUGGAGGGUACAACGAAGAGGAGUUCCUCACACAACCAGACCUCUACAAGGCCACCUUCUCGGAAAAGGUGGCUCCCUACACGACGUGCCUCAUCAAUGGUGUGUUCUGGGUACCUGGUACUCCCCGGCUGCUCACACUAGACCAAGCCAAGCAGCUGCACCCGCCACACGUGGACUCAGAAGAGCUCAGGUUUGAGGGAGUCCCACAAUUACCACAGAGGCUACUCGCCAUUGCCGAUAUAUCAUGUGACAUCAGUGGUUCGCUGGAGUUCAUGAAGUGGAGUACUACCAUCGACGACCUCUUUGUUGUAUAUAAUGCACACACGGAGAAAGUCUCCAAUGACAUAGCCAGCAAUGGAAUCGUUCUAAUGACAGUGGACAAUCUGCCAGCUCAAAUUCCAAGAGAGGCCACUGACUUCUUUGGAUCUCGACUACUGCCUCUGAUUCACGACUUUUUGCGACUGGAUGGACAGAGGCCUCUUGCUGACUACGACGGCAUUAGUGACUCUAUACGCAAUGCCGUGAUCACGUACAAUGGAAACCUCACUGAUAACUACAAGUACAUUGCUGACUUGAGAAAGAAGACCAACUGAGAACUGCACCUCAUGACCCUAAUAGUUAAAACUUGCUGGACAGAAAUUAGUCUGUUGUUUUCACUACAAGCUUAAGCCCAACUUUGUGUUAUUUAUUCUAGAUCUCUUCCUUUUUUAUAACUCCCAGUUUUAAAGUCUGACAUCAACAUAAUUAUACUCAAACAAUGUGUAUUUGAACAAAAAAUCAAUGAUGAAAAA